AAGAUUUUCCCAUCUCCCAAACAUCCUCCUUAAAAAACUUCACCAAAAAACAAAUACCAUCUUCGAAAAAAUGGCCGACCGUCCUCAGCCCCACCAACUCCAAGUCCACCCACAAUAUGGCGCUGGUAAGGGCUUUCAGCAGCGAGGAGAACAGCAGGGCCCAUCAGCCGGGAAAAUUCUGGCCGUCAUCACACUUCUUCCCGUGGGCGGGACUUUGCUGUUUCUGGCGGGCCUGACUUUUAUUGGGACGCUUAUUGGGCUGGCUGUGAGCACCCCAGUUUUCCUUCUCUUCAGCCCAGUUCUUGUCCCCGCCGCCAUUACUAUUGGGCUCGCCAUCGCGGGCUUUCUGACUUCUGGGGCUUUUGGGGUCACGGGCCUAUCGUCGCUCAGUUGGGUCUUUAACUACUUCAAGCGGACCACGGUGCCGGAGCAGCUGGACUUCGCAAAGAGGCGCGUGCAGGACAUAGCGGGCUAUACGGGCCAGAAGACGAAGGAAGCGGGCCAGGAGAUACAGAGCAAGACCCAGGAAGGGAAGAGGACCUGAGCUUGAAGGUGGAACAGAGAGAGCACAAGGGUGUAUCUAGUAAUGGCAGGGGAAUAAUGUGGGACUUUGCAUGGUUUUAUUUUAUUUUAUUUUAUUUUAUUUUACUCAACUUUACAUAAAAUGUUGAUGCUCGGUUUUUACAUCUAUCUGUAGUUGCUUGCAUGUGUCUGUGUCAUGUGUUCUUUUUUUUUUUUAAUUAUUAUUUAGUUUUAUUAUUUUUGCUCAGAAUUUAAGGGGGUCGAGGAUUUGGUCUGUCUUGCCACUUCGGCAACCUAGGAAUGUCGUAUUUUGGUGUGUCUAUGUUGUCUGAUUAAUGAAUCAAAAUGUCUUUUUGUGGACUCUCUGUGUAAAUCUCUCCGACUCUCUAACAAGCAUAACAAAAAACGGGGGUACUUGUGGUUGGACCAAAACGACGUACCA